AUGACGCGCUCGACAACAGUAUGGGCCGCCGCCCUGGUCAUGGCUAGCAUGUCUGGCUCUGGCCCCAUUGGCACAGUAGCAGAGGCCAUGCCAGCACCUCAACCCCAGCAAACCCCGGGCAGACCUCGAUACUACUUCCCACGCCACGUCAAGCGCCAGAUCAACCCGGAGACCGCCAACGUCACAGCGCCUGCAGCACCACCCUCCUCUUCCUCGGCCACCGCCACCACCACCACGUCUUCGAGCAGCUCGCAGCUGGAAUCGCGUCAAAUCCCCAACUUCACAUCUUGGUUCAGCUCUUUGAUCAACUCCCAGUCGUCUCCGUCGGUUCCCUCGUCGUCUGCCUUCUUCUCCACCCAAAGUGAACAGGACGCUUCGAGCUCACCAUCCCAGCUGCAGUCCAUCACCAUCACGCCGACCCCGCAGCGCACCCAGAGCGAGCCCCUGACUGGAACAAGCGAUGCACAGGUGCCGCCUGUCACUGUGUCUUCCAUUUCGUCUUCGGUUCUCGCCUCCGAGCCAGUCGAGGUCAUUUCUUCGGCCCCAGCUGCAUCGAGCUCGGUUGUUGAAUCUAGUGCGACCGUUUCUGAGGCUGUGUCUACAGCACCAUCUUCACCCAGCUCGACAGUGGAAGAGCGAACAUCCACCGCAGUCGUCCAGCCAUCUUCCCCACCCAGCUCGACAAUCGAGGAGCGAUCAUCCACCUCAGUAGCUCAGCCAACUUCUGCACCGAGCUCGACAAUCGAGGAGCCAACAUUCACCUCAGUCGUCCAGCCAUCUUCCGCACCCAGCUCGACAAUCGAGGAGCGAACAUCCACCUCAGUAGCCCAGCCAACUUCUGCACCGAGCUCGACAAUCGAGGAGCCAACUUCUAGCCAAGUCGUCCAGAGCACGCCUGUUGUAGAUCGCCCACCCCCAGCUUCGGCAACUGGCGUUCUUCCUGCCUCUUCGCAGAUUGUGCAGCCGACACCUCCAUCUUCGCCUUCUGCUUCUGCGGCGCCCAGCUCCCAGACGCCUUCCGAUACCGAGACGGAGGAACCCAGCAGCACUCGAGUUGCGCAGCAGCCUUCUGCGGCGCCCACCGGCACACUUCCUCCAUUUUCAGAGAUUGUGCAGCCCACCACCUCUUCCUCGCCGUCAGCUCCUGUGGUUCGCAGCUCCCAGGCCCCCUCGGACAUUGAGACUGAGGAGCCUACCAGCAGCACUUUCGUUGCUGCGCAGCCUCCUGUUGCGUCCACUGGCAGCUUGCCUCCGUCGUCAGAGAUUGUCCAGCCUACUACGUCGUCCUCGCCAUCUCGUGUCGCACCCUCCCAGACUCUGUCUGAGAAUGUGACCGAGGCGAUCAGCAGCACUUUCGUUGCUGCACAGCCUCCUGUUGCGUCAACUGGCAGCUUGCCUCCGUCGUCAGAGAUUGUCCAGCCUACUACGUCGUCCUCGCCAUCUCGUGUCGCACCCUCCCAGACUCUGUCUGAGACUGUGACCGAGGCGAUCAGCAGCACUUUCGUUGCUGCACAGCCUCCUGUUGCGUCAACUGGUAGCUUGCCUCCAGCUUCAGAAAUUGUCCAACCCACUACCUCGAGCACUCUCGAGCCGACGGCGAGUUCCCAAGCCCCUACUGAGGGUGGAGACGCGACCAGCACUCCUAUUGCGCAGCGCCCCACUGGUAGCUUACCUCCAGCUUCACAGAUUGUCCAACCCACUACCUCAAGCACUGUCGAGUCGGCGCCUGCCCGCUCUUCGCCUCCCUCCCGCUCCUCGGCUCCUGCAGCUGAUGCAUCGACUGGUGUCUUGCCUCCACUUGAGUCGAUUCUCCAACCCACCACCCCGUCUUCGCCUUCUGCACCGACGCAAUCGACUGCGAGCGACGAGCCUGCUCAGUCAUCAGGUGGCCUUCUGUCGUCUCUCUUGGAACCUCUUCUCCCUGGCUCCACUGGUGGCUUACCUGUGACCGAGUCUAUUGUCCAGCCGACUUCAACAGCUGUCCCAUCUGCUGCGCCUACAACUUCGGGUUCUUCGGGCCAGCAAGCUGCGCCUACUGGCACAUUGCCAGAUGUGAUUCUCUCCGGCACAUCGUCCGCAACUCCUUCAUCGGAGGCAGUUUCUUCCCAGGCGUCGAGCUUCCUUGGUCCCUUUAUCGUUCCAGGUACCACAGGUGGUCUGCCUUCCUCGCAAUCAAUUCUGCAACCGACGACUUCCGGCUCGGUUGGUGGUCUCUCGUCGACUCUUCAGACUCCUGAGGCCGCUCCUACAACUCAGGUUGGUUCCACCGGUCUCCUGCCUCCGUCCUCGCAAAUUUUACAGCCUACCUCAUCUGCUGGCCCACAGAGCCCUGAGGCUACGCCUACAUCUCAGGUUGGUUCCACCGGUCUCCUGCCUCCGUCCUCGCAAAUCGUACAGCCUACCUCAUCUGCUGGCCCACAGAGCCCUGAGGCUACGCCUACAUCUCAGGUCGCCUCCACGGGGUCUCUGCCACCUGCUUCUGAAAUCGUACAGCCAACCUCGUCUGGUGGCCUUGUCAGUAGUCUUCUCUCAUCUCUCCUCCAGAGUCCUGAGGCUACGCCUACAUCUCAGGUUGGUUCCACCGGUCUCCUGCCUCCGUCCUCGCAAAUUGUACAGCCUACCUCAUCUGCUGGCCCCCAGAGCCCUGAGGCUACACCUACAUCUCAGGUCGCCUCCACGGGGUCUCUGCCACCUGCUUCUGAAAUCGUACAGCCAACCUCGUCUGGUGGCCUUGUCAGUAGUCUUCUCUCAUCUCUCCUCCAAAGUCCUGAAGCCACGCCUACAUCUGUCGCCUCCACCGGCCUCCUACCGCCUUCAGAAUCGAUUGUUCAGCCUACGGGUGGUAUUCUGUCAUCGCUGCUCCAGAGCCCCCAGGCUACCACAACCUCGCAGGUUGCCUCUACUGGUCUCUUGCCCCCCUCGGAAUCCAUUGUUCAGCCUACCACAUCUGCUGGUCUCAUUGAUUCUCUGUUGUCGUCGCUUCUUGGCAGUGCUGAACCUACUGCAACCUCAAUCAUUGGCUCUGGUAUCCUCCCCAGCAGCGGCGUGCUUCCUACAGGCGUGCUUCCCUCCAGCGGUCUUCCUUCAAGCGGUAUCGUCAUUGGUAUCACCACUGCUCUCGGCACAGACUCCGCAUCUGCAUCAGCAACGCCCACCAGCGAGGUUUCCCUGUCAGGUGCCAUUCCCACCUCAGAGGGAGUCUCCGCCAGCUCCGGGCUUGUUAGCCUGCCCUCGAUCCUCUCGUCAGUGGUUUCUGAGGUCACAGGUGUAUUGCCAUCAGACAGCCUGUUGCCGACUGGUGUCGUUCCCAGCUCUGGUUCGGCUAACCCUACUGCUCCUGUUUCGGCCACAAUAACUCCGUCACCAUCGGCGUCGGGUAUCCUCCCAUCUGUCGUUCCAUCAGUCAUCUCAGAAUUGUCUAGCCUUCUUUCGUCGGCAGUCUCUGACCUGCCCACGGGAUCUUCUUUGCCAAGCGUGGUGUCUAGCCUCGUAUCAAGUGCCGAGUCUGCUCUCUCUUCCGCAAUUACCGCCUCCAUUCUGCCAACUGCGUCGGUUCCUCUGCCGGUCCCUACCUCGGACCUGAGCAGCAUUGCAUCCAGUGUCGCAUCUCAGUUCUCUUCUGGCCUCCAGUCAUCUGGCAUCCUGCCUUCCGCAACCGUCUCGGGCUCCGUCAGCCUUUCUGCUCCCCUUCCCAGCGGAACAGAGAGUGCCACGUUUUCAGCAAGCGCUUCCCUAUCUGCGUCUUCGGGCAUCCUGCCUACGUUCACCCUGUCUGGAACAGAUGUCUCCUCUGGCAUCAUUCCUUCUUCGACGUCCGUCCCAAUUGGAACUGGUAUAUCGUCCAGUGCUACAAUCUCCGCAAGCGAGUCUCUCAGCGUUCCCUCUUCCAUACCCGCUUCUGAAUCCCAGACUGCUACCACUUCUGGAGCGAUUUUGAGCAGUGCGACUAUUUCCGCCUCUGCCACCACAAACGCUACUGCUACCGAGUCUGCUUCUGUUCCGGCAUCGGCAUCUGCAUCCGUGUCUGUAUCUGGAUCUGCAUCCGCGUCUGUACCUGCAUCUGGAUCUGGAUCUGCGUCUGUAUCUGCAUCUGCAUCCGCGUCUGUAUCUGCAUCUGCAUCCGCGUCUGUAUCUGCAUCUGCUACAGGGACAGUGUCGUUGUCAGCUUCUGAAUCCCAGUCUGUGGCACCUUCUGCUACUCUUUCGGCAUCGGAGUCUCUGUCUGCAUCACCGUCCGCUCCUGCAUCGGUCAGCGUCUCUGCUACCGCAAGUGUCACAUCUGCGAGCGAUUCGGCUACCAUUCCAAUUCCCCUCAUUCCCUCGGUCACAAGCUCACAGACUCCUGUGCGAACCGUCCUACCCACCGCCACUGACACUGAGACCUCCUUCGUUAUCCCUACCAGUAUCGUUCAGGAGCCUUCGACGAUUGCAUCACCAACUGCCACCAGCAGCGGCAUUCCCUCCAGUCUGCCAAGGAUGAUUGCUCCUCCUGGCGGCGUUCCCAGUGAAGUUUCGCAGGACAGCUUCAUGGGUCAAGUGUGCUUCAAGUGGCCACUGAACUACCCGUUCGUGUCUGCCAACGACGGUGGCAACCAGAUCUUCCACUACCUGCCCAAGGCCAUUGCAGACGGUCUCAACAUCUCAGUCUCCGAUGUCAAGAACUACGGAUUGAAGCCCUUGGACACUACAAAAUACCAGGGUUUCAUCACCACCAUGGCUAUGUUCACCAUCCCCAAAGACUUGCAGACAACUCUUGCAGCUCAGCUCCGCAACCCCGCUGAUCCUUUCUGGCACAACAAGGACUCCACCGUCAACGCUCUUACCGACUUGAUCAAUACUGCUUGCCCUCUCCAAGCUGGUGGAAAGACGCCCACCGACGGAUCUGGUGCGAACGCGGCUGCUGAUCCUGCCGCCACCUCUACUGGAGGAUCUGGUGAUGGUGGCGCCAUGGGAGGCGACAUCGGCGCAAGUCGCAAGAUCAACCCCACUAGCGCAGGUAUCGCAUCUGGAGCCAUUGUUGGAGCCAUCGCCUAUGGUGCAGCCAUGUUCUUUGUUGCUCGCAGAUACCGCAACAAGCGCGUUGCCCACCAGCGCUCCAGCUCGGUUCCCAGUACCAGCCGCAUGACCUAUGGGUCUAUCCCUGGCGGCGCGGCUGCCUGGAUGCGUGGCGCUCGUGAUGGUCGCAUGACACCUGGCAGUCGCGGUAGCCGGGGCAGCGACAGCAGUCAGGGACGCAGCAUACGCACACAGCAAAUCUCGGCCCCCGUUAUGGCCGAGAACUCGCUGGGAUGGAACUGA